GUAGGUACGUAGCCGCUUAUGCCGGGGCUGUCAAUCAAGAGACGCACGGAGCUACUGCAGGUGCAUAACUGGGCACUGACUGGGCUAGUCGCUGCUGGGAAGCUGAGGAUUAAUCACACCUUUCACGAUGGCGUCUGCAAAUGCCACAUAUGGACAGAAGGAGACCUCAGACCAGAACUUUGAUUAUAUGUUCAAAAUCCUCAUCAUUGGCAACAGCAGCGUAGGAAAGACUUCCUUCCUUUUCCGCUAUGCAGAUGACUCAUUCACGCCGGCCUUUGUCAGCACAGUGGGCAUCGACUUCAAGGUGAAGACCAUCUACAGGAACGACAAGAGAAUAAAGCUGCAGAUAUGGGACACUGCUGGCCAGGAGCGCUACAGGACCAUCACCACAGCUUACUACAGGGGAGCCAUGGGCUUCAUCCUCAUGUAUGACAUCACCAACGAGGAGUCCUUCAACGCCGUUCAAGACUGGUCGACCCAGAUAAAGACGUACUCAUGGGACAACGCCCAGGUGCUGCUGGUUGGGAACAAGUGUGAUAUGGAGGACGAGCGAGUGGUGGCAGCAGAGCGGGGCCGACAGCUGUCGGAACAGCUGGGUUUUGAGUACUUUGAAGUGAGCGCUAAAGACAACAUCAACGUAAAGCAGACCUUCGAGCGGCUGGUGGACAUCAUCUGCGAGAGGAUGUCCGAGAGUCUGGACAACAACGACCCGUCCGUCACCGGCAAUAAGCAGGGGCCGCAGCUCGGAGAGCAGCCUCAGAGGUCCACUCAGGAUUGUGCAUGCUAAACAUAAACACAGACACACAGACACACAGACACACAGACACACAGACACACAGACACAUAGGCACACAGACACAUAGGCACACACACACACACACACACACACACACACACACACACACACACACACACACACACACACACACACACACACACACACACACACACACACACACACACACACACACAGUCUGCUUUGCUAAGGCCCACAGACAUUUUUGGGUUUGUCUCUUUUACUUUCUCAUACACACACAUAUAUUAUACACAAACACUGCCAUAUAGAGACAAACAACGAGGCUUCGUAGAUUCUCCACCCCUCGUACUACUCAGAGCAUUUUUCAUAUGAGCGGCUCUCCUCAAACAUUUGGCGCUGUCAGUAAUCUCUUUUUUGUUUUAUUUCAGUAAUACAGGGAUUAUGUGAUAGUGUUAAUUUAGUCGCAAUGGUGAAGAAAAUAUAACGGAGGUACAUUCCCAAGUUGUCGUCUUGUUUUGUUUGCAAACGUUUUCACAAACAUACACUACACUGUCUCCUAACAGAAAUAUAAAAGGCCAGUGAAAGCUGAGACUCCAUCAUUCCUUAAAGACGUGUCUACAAUUGGGUUUAAAUAUAAUGCUGAUGAUCCUCAAAUCUGAUCUAACACCUCAAACCUACAUGGGUACAAAUCCGCUGAAUUUGUUUUAGUCCCAUUGGAAAUAUAUGUUUGUUGCCGUGGAUCGAUUUGGAUAGUUUCUUUUUACAUUUCUGAGUUGAUUGGGUGUGGUUUUGAGCAUGUGAAAUCACUGGUCCUUUCCAGUGUUGUGAUUGAGUUUUUACUGGUUAUUAUAGUCCAAACAGGGUCAUUUGCAAGUUUGUCCUACUUUCUUAAAUUUUAGGAAUGGACUUUAGAAUAGCUAAAGAAAUGCAUAUCAGUUUGCUUGGAAAGUUGUUAUCAUAAACCAUUUUUUGGCCCUUUUCCCAGAUUUAAAACAUUUUUUAAAUCUUUUUUUUUUAUCUCAACUGGAGGUCAGUUGUGGUGUUGGUGUCAGCGUCCGGAGCUGCAAAGCCUCUGAACAUUGCUUGAUUUUAGAUUCAUAGUCUUUUCUUUUUUUUAAAACGUUUUUAUGUACUAUUUUUUAAGACCUACAACAGAAUAAAAAGGUAAAGGAUGUCUUUCAAAAUUUAAAAGGGUGUAUAAAUGUUUAAAAAUCAAUAGUUGUGCAUUUUUAAAUGCAUAUAUAAUAUAUAUAAAUGUAUAAAAAAAAGUAAUUAUACAGUAGUAAUGUUGAGGAUAUUGGAUUCCUACCUGUGCUUUAGUGGGAGUUUUUGUUGUUUUUAACCGACUGGUUGACUGGAUGGUUGUUUGUCUGAGCUGCUGUCUGAAUUUAAACAGUUUGAACAGUUGGUUAGCUAAUGGAGGCUAAAGGUUUCACAUGUUGAGUCCAUGACCCCUUCUCAUGUAUUAACUUUCAUCCACUGCAUACAGUGUACUCACUAGAAAGGCAUGCGAUCCAGUGUGGACCUCUACAUCAACUCAGAUUGUCUCUUGUGUUAUGGUCGAUGAUAUUUUUAUCUUUUUUCGUUAUGGGGAACAUGAUGUUUUUACGCAUGGUAAAUGUCCGACUGUGAACUUUAUUUCCCUUUAAGGUUAGGCAUGUUUCUGCUUGUGUAUACAGUACAAAAACAGUAGGUCAUGCAAAACCAUUUUCAACACUUGUAAGUUAUUUUAAAAUCAAACAUAUUUAUUUUGUAUUAUUUAUGACUUUAAAUUAGCUUUAAAGAUAAUCCUAGAUUACGCAGUACAAUCCGCACUCUGCUUUUUAAAGUGAUGUUCAACAGUAUUCACUUGCUUAAACUCAACUUUUAAAUGACAAUGUAUUUGUGUUUACAGGGAAUAUUAAGCUUAAGAUGCAUCAUGGGGAAGUCUAAAACAUUCCAGUGUGAGCAACUCUUAUCAUGUCCGCACAGCUUUGGUGGGAAGUUUGUUUUUCCUUCGAUACGAGUUAUGGAAGUGCAAAAGUCGACUGUUCUUCUCGCAGAUCAGUUGCAGUUAUUUCUCUACACACCUCAAAUGUAACCACGUGAAACCUGCUGAAGGUUUGUAAUGCACGUACUGUGCUUCUGUGUGGGAAUGUACUGUUUAUAUGAGGGAAGUCUUACUAACUGUUAUUUCCAAAGAGAUCUCUACAAUGCAUUUGGAGCCAACAAAAGCGCUUGUUAGACAACUGUGCAGUAGCUCCAACAAGGGAACAUGUUUGUGUAGUUAAUUGAAUACUCUGAACACUUCGUUAAAACCGUGAUUCUUACUGCAUUGUUCACUUUGGACUUGUUUGUUGAUUUUUUUGUUACUUUAUUUAUUGUGUUUUGCUACAGCUGGAAACUUUCUGGUGACUUAGGGAAAAAAAGCAUAUGGAUCAUGUUCAACUCGUCUUCUUUUUCCCUCUGCCAUGAAUAAUUAUUGUAAAUAGACAUUUUCUUCCUGUUGGGUAUUAGUUGUGUGAAUUGUGCUGUAAUUCUGUAAUGCCAGAUUUGUUAAAAUGAGGAAAUCAAUAAACCAAUUCUAAAAGCUGGA